GAGUAUUGCCCAACAUUUGUCAUUAUUUUUCAAUGCUUUUAAAGAAAAUCUGCUUACUCAUGGGUAUUCAUCUUUUCUGGAUGUGUUUAUUUCUGUUCUACUUCCCAAGGCAUUCACAAGGGUCUGUUUCAAAGUAUCUCAUAAGGAUACAGGACAUGGCACCACCCAACAACUCCUCCAUGGCUCCAAUCUCUGAAUUUGCUCUCAUCUGCUUCCCUAACUUCCAGAGUUGGCAGCACUGGCUGUCCCUGCCACUCAGUAUCCUCUUUCUCCUGGCCAUUGGGGCCAACACCACCCUCCUGAUCACCAUCCGACUGGAGGCCUCCUUGCACGAGCCUAUGUACUACCUGCUCAGCCUUCUAUCCCUAUUGGACAUUGUGCUUUGCCUCACAGUUGUUCCCAAGGUCUUAGACAUCUUUUGGUUUGACCACAAGUCUAUCAAUUUCUCUGCCUGCUUCCUCCAGAUGUUCAUUAUGAAUAGUUUUUUGACAAUGGAAUCCUGCACAUUUAUGGUCAUGGCCUAUGACCGCUAUGUAGCCAUUUGCCAUCCCCUGCGAUACCCAUCCAUUAUCACUGAUCAAUUUGUGGCGAAAGCUGCCAUCUUUGUUGUAACACGGAGUGGCCUUCUUACUAUGCCAAUCCCGAUACUCUCUUCUCAACUCCGAUAUUGUGCGAGUAACAUUAUUAAGAACUGCAUUUGUACUAACAUGUCUGUGUCUAGGCUCUCAUGUGAUGACACUACCUUUAAUCAGCUUUACCAGUUUGUAAUUGGUUGGACUCUGCUGGGCUCUGACCUCAUCCUUAUUGUUAUCUCCUACUCUUUCAUCUUGAAAGCUGUGUUUAGAAUUAAAGCUGAGGGAGCUGGGGCCAAGGCCCUGAGUACCUGUGGUUCCCACUUCAUCCUCAUCCUCUUCUUCAGCACGGUUCUGUUGGUUCUCGUCAUCACGCACAUGAACAAGGAAAUCUCUGAUUCUAUUGGAAUUUUAAUAAAAGUCCUCCUCAUUUUUUUGCAAUUUUUAUUUUUGAGUCCACAUGCAAAAUAG